CAUACAAUUCAAAUACAAACACUUCAAAUCAUUGUUCAGUCCUUGUUACGAAAGAAUUAUUAAAAUAAAUAAAUAAAAGUGACACAAUAACUAAAAAGUAGAGGACAAGAGACGAACGCCUUUACCAAAAUCAUUUAUAUAUAAUAAUAAUAAUAAUAAUAAAAGCCAAGCCUCUGCCCUGGCCCUGACCGACCGACCGGAGAUCCAACUAUGAUUGACGACCGCCGCGCCGGACCUCCCUACGCCGCCAUCCUCGCCGUCGUGGUAGUGCUGGUGGUGCUACUUCCGAUGUUCUUCGGCGACCAAGGCGAGGCCAUUACAGGCUUCGUCGCCGACCUCCUCACCCCCAUCGGCCUCCUCCUCCUCCCUAUAAUCCUCCUCCUCACCAUCCAGUUCCUCUCCUCCGACACCGGAUCCUUCAUCGCCGCCGUGUUCUCCGGCGGAGAGCCGAACACCAUACAUCGCGCCUCCGGAUCUCCAAUCGGCGUCGCGCUCUUCCUAAUCCUCGUUCUGCUGCUUCUCUACAACCGAUUCUCCAUCUUCGGCGGCGACGACGACUCUGGCGACUGACGGUUCUCCGCCUCCGCCUCCGCCUCCGCCGCCGUCCGCUUCCUCAGCCGCGAAGGCGUCGAAGUGCUGCAAAAAUUUUGCCCAAAUCCCGUCUCGAAACAAAAAGAAUAUAUCAAGGUGCUGGGGAGAUUUUGCCGAGCUUUUUGGUAAUUACUUAACUAUUUUCAAUAUAAUUAUGACUAAUAUAACAAAAUUUGAAAUUCUCCCACUGCUGGCUAUUAUCGGAAGUAAUUGUAUGUCGUGAUGGAUGUUGAAAUACACCUUAAGUUUAUGGGGCUUGCAAAAACAAUAAUUAAGGAGAAUGAAUGCACAAGCCGAAAGCGUGCAAAAUAAUGAUUUUUCUUCGUUAUCAUAUUGAUGAAACUCUGAAAAUCAAAUACCUUAUAGUAAAAGAUCCAUUUGAAUUAUCGACAAAUUUAAAAAAUCGAUUUGGCAACAUGAAGUCGGCUAUAUUGGCAAAAGCAAAAUACGCAUGGCAACACUUGCGAUUGCAAGAUUUUAAAACAAUUGUCGAUUAUAAUUCUAUGAUGUUUGAAAUUACGUCCCAAAUAAAAUUUUUUGGUGAAAAUAUCAUUGAUAGAGAUAUGUCGGAAAAAACGUUCACCAUGUUUCAUGCAUUUAAUAUAGUUUUGCACCAAUAAUAUCGAGAAAGAGGUUUUACUAAUAUUGUGAUUUUAUUACUUGUUUCCUUGUUGCUGAGUAGAAUAACGAAUUAUUAUUGAAAAAUUACAAAUCAAAGCCAAUUGGUGCAAGUUCAUUCCCUGAGGUGAAUGUGACUCAGUAUUUGAGCAAUAUGCCUAGAUACAACUGCGAACGAGAGCGCAGACAAGGCCGUGGACGUGGAUUUAACCGUGAAUGUAGAAUGAACAAUAGACAUGGAACCAUCCGUGGUCGUGGUCGUGGCAAGUUUGUUUCGCAUAAUUACCGUGAGGGAUGUUUUGAUGAACAAGAACCAAACAAGCCCCUGAAGCAGCCUCAAGAUGAUAUUGGUCAAAGUUCUAAGAAAAUCAAGGAUAAGUGUUAUCGAUGUUGGAUGACAAAACAUUGGUUCAGAACUUGUCGCUCAAACUUUUAUUUCAUAGAGUUGUACUAGAACUCCUUGAAGCAGAAAAAUAAAGCACCUGAAGAUGCUAAAACCCCAGAAAUUGCCAAUACCCCAUAAAUGAAAUUCUGUGCUUCGGGUGUUUUAUUAUUUUGCUUUAGGUGCUUUAGAAAAAUUCAUUUCCGAGGCAUUGGCAAUUUUUGGGGUUUUAGCAUUUUCAGGUGUUUUAUUCUUUAUGUUUCAUGAAGUUCUUGUACAACUUUAUAACAUAAGAGUUUGAGCGACAAGUUCUGGACUAAUAAUGUCUUGUCAUUUCACAUCGAUAACACUUGUCCUCGGUUUUCUUCGAAUUUUGACCAACAUCAUCUUGAGGCCACUUCAAGAGCCUAUUUGGUUCGUGUUCAUCAAAAUGUCCCUCACGGUAAUCAUGCGAAACAAACUUGCAACGACCACGGUUGGUUCCAUGUCCACAAUUCAUUCUAUGUCUACGGUUAAAUCCACGUCUACAGCCUUGUCCGCGUCCUCAUCCGCGGUUGUAUCUAGGCAUAUUGUUCAAAUACUGAGUUGCAUUCACUUCUAGGAAUAGACUUGAACCAGUUGGUCUCAAUUUGUGAUUUUUCAAUAAUAAUUCGUUAUUCCAUUCAGCAACAAGGGGCAAGUACUAAGAUUACAAUAUUUUAGUAAAAUCUCUUUCUCGAUAUUGUUACUGCAAAAUUAUAUUAGAAGCAUGGAAUGUAGUGAAUAUUUUUUCCAGCAUAUCCCUAUAAGUGAUCUUUUCACCAUAAAAUCUUAAUUGGACAUCAUUUUAAAACAUCAUAGAAUUAUAAUCGGCAAUUGUUUUAAAAUCUUGCAAACACAAGUGUUGUCAUAUGUGUUUUUCUUUUGCCAAUAUGACCGACUUAAUGUUGUCGAAUCGAUCAUUUAAAUUUGUCCACAAUUCAAAUGAAUUUUUUACCAUGAGGUAUUCCAUUUUCAGAGCUUCGUCAAUAUGAUGACAAAAAAAAAAUCAUUGUCUUUCCACGCUCUCGGCUUGUGUAUUCAUUCUUCUAAUUAUUGUUUUUGCAAAGCUCCAUAGAUUUGAGGUGCACUUCAACAUUCAUUACUCACGACAUAUAAUUACACGUCCGGUAAUAGCCAGUGGGGGAAUUUAAAUUUUGCUAUGUCGGUAAUAAAUAUAUUGAAAAUAGUUGAGUAAUUACCUAAAAAUUUAGCAAAAGUUCUGCAGCACUUCAAUAUAUUCUUUUCGUAUCCAAUACGGAAUUUGGGCAGAAUUUCUACAGCACUUCGACGUUUUCGUUUUGUAUCCGGGGCAGCACUUCAAUAAAAAAUCUCCCGGAUAAAAUUU